UCUACUAUUUUCCCCCCAGGCCACCACUCCCUCAGCUGCUGUUGGUUUCACUCUCAACCCUUUGCCUACCUCCUCCCCUCCCAUUCCACCCCUUCCGCUUUUCCUCAACUGAUCUUUAGUUCUUCACGGGACCUGAGACAGCUUAUCUGCUUCGAGGACGCUGGGGUUUGAAGACAGUUUUCAGGGUUCUUGAGCCAGGUGAAGGGAGCGGGAUGUGGCUACCCACACUGAUCCUGAAUCUGCUCCUGUUGGUCAGCUUGUUCCACGGCGCUCGUGGUGAACAAACGUCUUACAGACCUCAGAACUGCACGCUUGAAUGCAUCCGCCGGGGAGAUCCCAGAUGUGAAUACUGCAGAAUCUCAGCAGACGAUGUACAGAUGCCUACCAGCAUUCCCUUCUCCAGCCCUUUUGGAAGUUGUGUGCCUUGGCCUUGUCACUCAUUUCUAGGCCAGGAGACUCCAGAGGUCUGCCAGCAUUAUGUUCAGGCACCACACAAUAUCCAGAUUGAGUUUGAAGCCACUGAAGAACCAACAUAUGAUGCCGUUACUGUGUCAUGGAGCCCGAGCCAAUACGGUAUUGCGUUCUUACGUGGAUUUCAAGUAACCCUUCAGGCUCUUGGUGGAUCUCAGGUCUUAUGUCAGCUCUUUCUCCUGGGUACCAACCUGUCACUCACCCCUGCACAUGCCCAGAUGGUGUAUCACUCAGACCCUUUCACGCAUCUUUCUUUGGAUAGCGUGUAUGUCGUGACUAUCAUGGCACUGCCUGUCCCUGAGCGGUGGGACAAGUUUUAUAAGAGGAAACAGUUUUUCACACGCACAUGUCCUGAAAAAAAUGGCCUUGAAGAGUGUAAAAAAGACUGGUAUCCCACAUACGUUGAGGUCCACCAGGAGAACCAGGACGUUUUGGUGACCUUUAACCUCGCACCUGAGAACUUCAAAAUCCGUCAGUAUUUUUCAUCAUGCUUCAGAGGCGGCCUACGGAAUUACACAAGCAUUAAACCAAAUUUCAGUAUGAACAAGACACAUCACACAUACCGAUUACAGAAUCUCCAAGCAGGAACUAACUACACCUGUGAGAUUGCUGCUGAUGUUGUGGAUGCAGUCAGAAAAACAUUCACUGUUGGAGUAAAACAUAAACAUAUUUCUGAAGAGCCGCGGACCUCUUCACUAAUGGUGUUCUUGUCCGUGGGAAUUCUGCUUGCUGCAACCACAGUGCUCACUGUCAUUGUUGUCUACACGAAAAGAAUCAAAAAGAAAACAGUCCAGACCAAAAUGAGACCAGAGAUCAUUGAACAGUACUAUGACAAAAAACUGGAUGAAGGACAGUGUGUUUUACUGGACAGAACUACCCGUCCCCCUGGCCUUUUGAUUUGCUACUCAAGUAAUGAUGGUCCUGCCCACGUCAGAGUUGUGCUACAACUGGCUGCGUUUUUGCAAAAGCACAUGGCUACUCAAGUGCACUUGGACUUGUGGGAGGCCUUGAGUAUUAUGGAGGAGGGCAGUAUGGGUUGGCAUUGCAGGAGACUGAAUGAGUGUGACUUUGUGUUAGUCAUCUGCUCACAAGGUCUCCUUCAGAACCAGAACCAUCAGUCUGAGGACGAGGAGCCAUUGGAGAACACUGCCUCGGCUAUCGUUUCCAUGAUCGGAGAGGAGCUGUGCCGUGCCAAAGCAUUGGGCCGAGACCUCUCCAAAUACAUGGUGGCCACUUUUGAGUACUCGCAAGAAUCUGAUAUCCCAGCAGCACUAGGUCUUGCUUCAAGGUACACCUUGAUUAAAGACCUACCCCUGCUCUUCUCCCAUCUUCACGGAGUGGCUUUGCAGAAGCCCGGAGUUUACCUACAGGUGGAGAACAUUUCAGAAAGCGGGUACUGUAAACUCCCAGCUGGGGCCGCAUUACAACUGGCCGUCCAGGAGGCUACAGCACAGUUCUCAGAGGAGCCAACUGAAGAGGAACAUGUAGGAAUUCCAAUCAUUUCAUAAGGACUUCAAAAACUGCAUCAGUUAAUUGACUCAGACCAUUCUGAAACAAAGGGGAGUGUGUUAUUUAAGACCAGUCAUUUAAGUUAAUUUGUACUGGUAGCUGCUAGUACUUAUCUCAUAAAAACAGGGCAACGAAAAUGCACAAGGUACAAAAUCAAUGCACAAUGACUGAGGGAUCUGAACCAUAUCUAGAGACCGGAAUAGCAUAUAGGUACCCAGAACAACCUAGUAAUCACAAAGCACCAUCUAGUUGUAGUUCAAUUGCGUCUUGGGUCACUUCAGAGGCUAAGAGGGAUCCUGAAGCAUAUUGAGGUUAUCGCUGUGAAUGAUUUUUUUCAUAUAAGCGUGUAUUUAUUUUGGCCUAUUUUUGUUCUGCUGCUUAUAUUCAAGCAUGUUAAACAUGUUACAGUGAAUAUUCCUAGUAAUUGCAUGCACUUCCACUACAAAUGAUUGUAGUCUUUCUACUACAAAUUUAAAAAGAGGGCACUUGAUUUCUGUGAAUUACUUUAACUUCUGUAGUUUGCUGACCUGAGGUCAUAUUUUUAAUGACUUUAUAUUAUUUUGUAUGUAAGGCCAGUUCUCAUAAUUGUAUUGUUUUGCAACAAUCUGUUUUUGUAUCACAUGAAGGGAAAUAACUACAUUUUAUUGUGACAAAAUACCUCUAAGCAACAGUGCAUGGCCUUACACUGUAAUAAUGCAAGGCUCUUUAUGUUUGCAUGGUGCAUAAUCUUUGUAUUGGUAGUUCAGCCACAAUUAAAAACACAACUGUGUCAAUAUCUUUGUAUAAGCUAUUGCAAUAAUCGUUACAUGAAAUGUUUAUGAAUCUGUAUGAAUGCAUGUCGUUUUACA